AUGAUUAAAAUUGAUGAAUCAGACUAUUAAAAGAACUAAUAAACCUAUAAUGAGAAUGAGGCUUUCCAUCCAUUUCGUCAUUCACCUAUUUCAAAUUAAAUAGAUGCAAAUUAAAAUGAAAAAUCGGAUAUUCUAGAUAUAUCUGUUUCCUUUUAAGACUUUUCUCAACCUCAAAUGAUGGAGUAAAGGAAUAUGGCAAAUAAAAAGUAAACCACUCAGAAAUUAUUUGGAUUAUUAAAGGUGGACAAAUUGGUUUAAGUAUUUAAGGAAAGAAUAAUGAAGAAAGCUUAUAUUUACAACAAUCAAACUAAGAAAGUUACUGAAAAAUUUCUCAUUGAAAAAUAUUUACUAAAGUAAGAUCUAAAAUAAAUAUAAAGGAAGCCUGCUAUGCCGGGAGGAUAUGUGUAUGCAAAAAAUUUUUAAAUUUCUGUAUUUGAUCAAAGUAGUGCUUUGAUAACAUUUUGGGAGUUCAUACGGUCUUUAUCUCUUAUAUCUAUCUUAUGGAUUUAUCCUUUCGUAUGGAGCUUUGAAAUGGGUAGAGAGGAAAGUUUCUCUUUUAUUAUUCUAUACACUCUAACUUACUUUUCUUUGGACAUAUUGCUUAGAUUAAAUACACAAAUCACAAUUUAAGGAAAUGUAAUUAAUUUUAUUUUAAAAAAUAGAUAAUAAAUGAUCGAUUUUCAAUUUUAAAAUAUUAUUUUAAGGAUGACUUAAUACUUGAUUUUUUACUCAUAUUCUCAGUGAUUAUUGUAAAUACUUCUAUUCCAGACAGUGAAGACUAUAAUGACAUUGUUACGGCAACUAUCUUUCUAUGCUUAUGUUGUCUUGUAAGUUAUGUAAAAUUAAAUGAGCAGUUAGGUAAAUUAUAGCAAUAAACUCAUUUCAAUUAAAUAUAUAGAGAAUAUCUAAAUUUAGUUACAUUGUUAUUUUCAAUUAGCUUAUUUGCUCAUUUAUUAGCAUGUAUUUGGCAUUUUGUGGGAUCGCACAGUGCUGAAUCUUUAAAUACCAGUUGGCUUAUAGAUAAGGGAAUUGAUUAAGAAUCAAUCUUAAUUAAAUAUUGUUAUUCAUAUUAUUGGGCCACAGUUACUAUGAUUACUGUAGGGUAUGGUGAUAUUACUCCAUAAAAUUACAUUGAAACCACAAUUUGUAUAAUUUUGAUGUUUAUGGCUUGUGGUGUAUUUGCAUUUUCAAUAAAUAAAAUUGGAUCAAUUUUAUCUACUAUAAAUGAUCAAAAAUCAUAAUUUAUGUAUUAUUUUAUUAUUUCUUUAGCUUCAAUUUACAUGCAAUUACAAAAUAUAUGAAAUAACAUCAUAUUCCAUAUUAAUUAUAAGAUAGAGUUAGAAGCUAUCUUUAAUAUAUUUAAAAAGAAUCUUUAGAACAAAAUAAUGAAUUAGUAUUUUAUAUUAUUAAUUAAUAGAUCACAUAGAUUAAAAAUUAAUUAUCUGUAGAAUUAAAAAAUGAGUUAAUGUAUAUGGUAUUUAAACAUAUAAUAUAAAAUUGUAAGUUUCUCCUUAAUAAUUUCUCAGAAUAAACUUUAAAAGAAAUAGCGAAGAAGAUAAAACCAUAUAAAUAUUGUCCAAAUGAAAUUAUUUAUUCUUAAGAUAGUUGUUCAGACAUUUCAUUGUAUUUUAUUGAUUAUGGCCAAAUUAAAUUAGUAGAGAUGAAAUCAUAAACUCAAUUAACAACUUUAAAUCCUGGAGAACAAUUUGGAGAAAUUGAAUUUUUUACUUAGUAGUCUAGAAAAUUCACAGCUAUAAGCGUAGGGUUUACUAAAAUAUAUAAGAUAAAUAGAUAGGAUUUUAUGAGUAGUCUAGAUAAAUAGGAUUACGAAAAGUUUCAUUAAAUUAAGGAUAAACAGUUGUAAAAUAUAUCAGUAGAGGGAUUUACUUGCUAAGCAUGUAAAUCUGAAAAUCACUAAAUUUUUGAUUGUUCAUAUCUAUUUUACAAACCUGAUAUUGACAAGUUAAUUCUGAAGUAUAAUAGAACUAAAAACAUACAUAGAAAGAGAAUCAUAAGAGCAUGCCACAAAAAUAAUUCUCUUAAAAGCAUAAAGGUAUAAUCUAGAUUGAAUUUUAGGAUGUAUAAAAUCAACAGAAGCUAUAUUACUCAACUAAUUUUGUAGAAGAUAAAAAUGGUAGUUAUGCAUCCUUUGAAUAAGAAGGAACUCGGCACCAAUCUAUAACUCAGGAGUAAAUUUAGAGUUUAGACUCACCUUCCUAAGAAAUUUGCCUUGGUGUUAAUCAAUAACAACAGCAAUAACAAUAACAAGAUACUUUAAUCUUACCCUCUUAAAUAAAAAUAUAACAAUAGAAAUAACAUGAAACUAAAACAUCACUAUAGAACUUACAGUCUUUUCAAAUAUAGACAUCGAUAAAGGAUAUAUAAUUAAGAUCAAAUAAAUAUAUGAGAGAUAAGUCAUAAAAAUCUCCAACGCACAUUUAGCGUAAUAAUGGAACUUUUAUUAGCUAAAAUAAUAAUCUCCUAUUUUUUGAUAAAAUUUGCGAAUUUUAGCAUUACUUUCCAAGUUUUAAUAAUUCUGAAGUGAUAAUAGAUUAUAAUAAACUUUAAAAACAUUGUAGAAGAAUUACCAGAAGAUAAAGAUAAAGCGAAUUCAAGUAUACACUCAUUUAGCCAUCUGCAUAAAAGAAGUUGCUUAAAGUUUGA